AUUAUAGUUAUAAUGAACGUCAAACAUGUCCAUGUGGACAUCAAACAGUGAGAUUAAAAGCGGACAAAAUAAUAGCGAAGCAAUUAACAGCCUUGUUCAGUCAGAUACCAAUUAACACCCUUGUUUACUCACGUGACCAGACCCUUAGCUUUCUUUCGAUUUCCCUUGAUUUUCUCUGGGAUUGGCUUACAACUUAACUCGGAGCGAUGGCAGUGAGAAAGUUUGUAUGUUAAAGAGAGACUUGAGGUUGAAGGUAUUCUGGAUUUACAGCCUCUCCUCCACCAAAAUAGCUGUUUGGGUGUUUUUACAGCGUCAAUCUUUUCUCUUCUCCUCUAUAAGUAUAUGCGAUUUCUCUUUAUUUUCUUUGUUUUGAUUUGUUUGGGCAAUUGUUAUAUAGAUCUAGUGUAGCAGUGUUAUGCUAUUCAUGAGGGCUUGCAGAGCCGUGGGGUGGAUCCAUUGGGAGUAUUUGCAAAGAAGAGGAUUAUAUUGAGUUGCUGGUGAGAAUGUUGACGAAAUUCGAGACCAAGAGUAACAGGGUAAAGGGGCUGAGCUUCCACACAAAGAGGCCAUGGAUCCUGGCCAGUCUCCACAGCGGAGUUAUUCAGUUAUGGGACUACCGUAUGGGAACCCUCAUUGACCGAUUUGACGAGCAUGAUGGACCUGUUAGAGGAGUGCAUUUUCACAAGUCCCAGCCUUUGUUUGUCUCUGGAGGCGAUGACUACAAGAUAAAAGUAUGGAACUACAAGAUGCGACGAUGCCUUUUUACACUACUGGGGCAUCUUGAUUACAUUAGGACAGUGCAAUUUCAUAAUGAGUACCCAUGGAUUGUGAGCGCAAGUGAUGAUCAGACAAUAAGGAUAUGGAACUGGCAAUCGAGAACCUGUAUAUCUGUACUCACUGGCCACAACCAUUAUGUGAUGUGUGCUUCCUUUCAUCCCAAGGAGGAUUUGGUUGUGUCAGCCUCGUUGGAUCAGACUGUCCGUGUAUGGGAUAUUGGUUCUCUCAGGAAGAAAACUGUUUCCCCUGCUGAUGACAUCUUAAGGUUGACUCAAAUGAACACCGAUCUGUUUGGAGGGGGUGAUACUGUUGUCAAAUAUGUUUUGGAAGGUCAUGAUCGGGGAGUGAACUGGGCUGCAUUUCAUCCCAGCUUGCCAUUAAUUGUGUCAGGAGCAGAUGAUCGCCAAGUGAAGCUCUGGCGAAUGAAUGAUACGAAAGCCUGGGAAGUGGAUACUCUAAGAGGGCACAUGAACAACGUGUCUUGUGUGAUGUUCCAUGCACGCCAAGACAUUAUUGUCUCAAAUUCAGAAGACAAAAGCAUCCGAGUCUGGGAUGUGUCAAAGCGUACAGGUUUUCAAACAUUUCGUAGAGAGCAUGAUAGAUUCUGGAUCCUUGCAGCGCAUCCUGAGAUGAAUCUGCUUGCUGCUGGACAUGAUAGUGGGAUGCUUGUUUUCAAGUUGGAGAGAGAAAGGCCUGCCUAUGUAGUUUGUGGGGGCUCUCUGUACUAUAUCAAGGACCGUUUUCUGCGGGCUUAUGAAUUUUCAACACAAAAAGACAAUCAACUAAUACCCGUAAGGAGGAGUGGUUCUACAGGUAUGAAUCAAGGACCAAGGUCAUUGUCUUACAGCCCAUCAGAGAGUGCUGUUCUGAUUUGUUCAGAUGCUGAUGGAGGUUCGUAUGAACUUUAUAUUGUUCCAAAGGAUAUUGUGGGGAGGAGUGAUGCAACUCUGGAAGCAAAGAGAGGAGUUGGAGGAUCUGCUGUCUUUGUUGCUCGUAAUCGAUUUGCAGUUCUUGACAAGAGUCACAAUCAAGUUUUGAUAAAGAAUCUCAGAAAUGAGGUGAGUAAGAAGUGCAAUCUUCCAAUAAAUGCAGAUGCAAUCUUUUAUGCAGGGACAGGAACCAUUCUUUGCAGAUCAGAAGAUAGAGUAGUUCUUUUUGACAUGCAGCAGAGGAUUUCUCUUGGAGAUCUUCACACACCCUGUGUGAAAUAUAUUGCGUGGUCAAAUGACAUGGAAAAUGUGGCCUUGUUGAGCAAGCAUGCAAUUAUAAUUACGAGCAAGAAACUUGUACAUAGGUGCACUCUACAUGAGACUAUUCGUGUGAAGAGUGGUGCAUGGGAUGAUAAUGGUGUAUUUAUUUACACAACCUUGAAUCACAUUAAAUAUUGUCUUCCAAAUGGAGAUAGUGGAAUCAUAAGAACACUAGAUAUCCCAGUAUACAUAACUAGGGUUUCUGGGAGCUCUGUUAGUUACUUGGAUCGGGAUGGAAAGAACCGUGUCAUACAGAUUGAUGCCACAGAAUAUAUGUUCAAACUAGCACUGAUAAAAAAGAAGUAUGAUCAUGUCAUGAGCAUGAUUCGGAACUCUCAACUUUGUGGUCAGGCAAUGAUUGCUUACUUGCAGCAGAAAGGUUUCCCUGAAGUGGCUCUUCACUUUGUCAAAGAUGAAAAGACACGAUUUGAGUUAGCAGUGGAGAGUGGAAAUAUUCAAAUUGCUGUUGCUUCUGCAAAGGAAAUAGAUGAGAAAAAUCACUGGUAUAGACUUGGUAUAGAAGCCCUUCGGCAGGGCAAUGCUGGCAUUGUUGAAUAUGCUUAUCAGAGGACCAAGAAUUUUGAGAGACUGUCAUUUUUGUAUCUCAUAACUGGCAAUCUUGAGAAAUUGUCAAAGAUGUUAAGGAUUGCAGAAAUAAAAAAUGAUGUUAUGGGUCAGUUUCACAAUGCCUUAUAUUUAGGCGAUAUCCAAGAGCGUAUCAAGAUCUUGGAAGAAUCUGGUCAUGUGUCACUUGCAUAUGUUACUGCAGCCAUCCAUGGACUUACAGAUGUUGCUGAUAGACUUGCAGCCGAGUUGGGUGGCAAUCUACCAACAUUACCUUCUGGAAGGAAAUCAUCACUUUUAAUGCCUCCUUUGCCAAUUGUACGUGGUGGUGAUUGGCCAUUGUUGAGAGUUACCAAAGGCAUUUUUGAGGGUGGGUUGGAUAAUGCUGGUGGCAUAUACCAGGAAGAAGAGGAUGAAGGAGUAGCUGCCAACUGGGGUGAAGAACUUGACAUUACUGAAGCAGAAGGGCAAAAUGGUGAGGUUUUAGUGGUGGAUGAUGGUGAAGUGAAAGGUGAAGAUAAUGAGGAGGGUGGAUGGGAUUUAGAAGAUUUGGAGCUACCUCCAGAUAUUUCUUCUGUAAAUGUUGUAAGUGCCUCAAAUGCAGUAUCGUUUGUUGCUCCCUCACAAGGAAUGCCAGUAAGUCAAAUCUGGACACAGAAAUCUUCUCUUGCAGGUGAGCAUGCAGCUGCUGGUAAUUUUGAUACAGCUAUGCGGCUCUUGAGUCGGCAACUAGGUAUAAAGAAUUUCUCUCCAUUAAAGCCUUUGUUUUUGGACCUUUACAUGGGCAGCCACACAUACCUUCCUGCAUUUGUUUCUGCACCAGUAAUCUCCUUAGCAAUAGAGAGAGGUUGGAGUGAGACUACAAGUCCUAAUGUCAGAGGUCCACCAGCUUUGGUAGUCAGGUUGUCUUUGCUGGAAGACAAAAUUAAACUUGCAUACAAGGCAACAACAGAAGGAAAAUUUACUGAAGCAUUGAGGUUAUUUCUAACUAUUCUACACACCGUUCCUGUUGUUGUUGUGGAUUCGAGAAAGGAGGUUGAUGAUGUGAAGGAAUUAAUUGGGAUAGCUAAAGAAUAUGUUCUGGGUCUUAGGAUGGAGGUCAAGAGAAAGGAAGUGAAGGAUAAUGCAGUUCGACAGCAGGAGCUGGCAGCAUAUUUUACUCAUUGCAACCUUCAGAAAGUUCAUUUGAAAUUGGCUUUGCUGAAUGCAAUGGGUGUUUGCUAUAAGCAAGGGAACUUCAAUACAGCUGCUAACUUUGCUAGACGACUCCUGGAGACUGAACCCUCUGCAAACCAUGCAACAAAAGCCCGGCAAGUUCUUAAGGCAUGUGAGAAGCAGCCACAAGAUGCCACAGAUUUGAAUUAUGACUUCAGAAAUCCCUUUGUCAUAUGUGGGGCAACUUUUACUCCCAUAUAUCGUGGCCAGAAAGACGUUUCCUGUCCUUAUUGUACUGCACGUUUUGUGCCAAGCAUACAUGGAAAUCUCUGCCCUAUAUGUGAGCUUGCAGUUGUGGGUUCAGAUGCUUCAGGUUUACUUUGUUCUCCCGCACAGAUAAGGUGAUUCUAGUGUCAAAUAACUGCCAACAUGGUUUGAAAGCAUUUUCUUGGCUACAUGUAUGUUUAAUGACAAAGGUGGAACAGUAAACACUAGACACACAAUAUGAGAUAAAUAAUGCAUCUAUGAUGUGUUUUGCUUUUCUAUAUCUGUAAGUUCUCAUUUUUUGCACAAAAAAUCCGGAGGGCCAUAAAUUUGAUUUA